AUGCUGACCGUGUCAGCCCGGUCGCCCCGAUCUAAGCACUUCUAUGCGCCACGGCUGCAGAGAUGCAGCUCAGGUGGGGUCGGGGAGGACUCCGAUGAUGUGACCGGUCAAUCGCAUCACAACGCCGCGCACGCUGGGGCCAGUCAUAUCCGCCCUCCAGCCGAGUGCUUCAUUGCUGCGGGGUUCAUCACAUUUCAACUCGUGUUCUGUCAGAUAUAG